CUUUGCCUGUUUGUCGAUGUGACACUCUAGUGGAAGGAAGCCAAGAGCCUAUAGUAGUGAUCCUGGGGAAAAUUUAAGCAGCUGUGGCCAUGUAAUUUAAAACCUCUGAAGAGUGUGCUGCGGACCGUGCACAGCAUUAGUAUAACAUGAGAGCUGGAUGCAGCCUGUGCUCCAGAGGACGUCGCCUGCUGCUGGAAAGAGAAGACUAAAAGACAAACCUGGGUGCAGCCGGAAAGGUCCAGAUAGAUGAGCUUGUGGCAUCCAUUCCCUAAAUUCAGGAACUCUGAAUCUCCCAGCUGGGUCUCAUUGUUCCUGAACUGCAUUUAGUUAAGAUUACCCAAAUUUGGAUUUCAAAGGAAUACUUUCUUUGUUCCAUCUGUCACACCAAAGAAUUGGGGCCAGCUGGAUGUCAGGAUGCGCGUGGUUACUAUUGUAAUAUUGCUUUGCUUUUGCAAAGCUGCUGAGCUGCGCAAGGGAAGCCCUGGCAGUGUAAGAAGUCGAACAAAUCAUGGCCGGGCAGGUGGGAGCCGGAGAAGCUCCAACCCAGUAAAGCGCUACGCACCAGGUCUCCCCUGUGAUGUGUACACAUAUCUCCAUGAGAAAUAUUUAGACUGUCAAGAAAGAAAAUUAGUUUAUGUGCUACCUACCUGGCCUCAAGAUUUGCUGCACAUGCUUUUAGCAAGAAACAAGAUCCGCAUAUUGAAAAACAACAUGUUUUCCAAAUUUAAAAACCUGAAAAGCCUGGACCUGCAACAGAAUGAGAUCUCCAAAAUUGAGAGUGAAGCCUUCUUUGGCUUAAACAAACUUACCACCCUUUUACUACAGCACAACAAGAUCAAAGUCUUGAAAGAGGAGGUGUUCAUAUAUAUGCCUCUCCUGAGCUACCUGCGACUCUAUGACAACCCCUGGCACUGUACUUGUGAGUUAGAAACCCUCAUUUCAAUGUUGCAGAUUCCAAAGAACCGAAAUUUGGGAAACUAUGCCAAGUGCGCAAGCCCACAUGAACUAAAAAAUAAAAAAUUGCUGCAGCUAAAAUCUGAACAGUUGUGUAAUGAAGAAGAAAAGGAGCAAUUGGACCCAAAACCCCAAGUAUCAGGGAGACCCCCAGUCAUCAGGCCUGAGGCAGACUCAACUCUGUGCUACAAUUAUGUGUUUCCCAUACAAACGCUGGACUGCAAAAGGAAAGAGUUGAAGAAAAUUCCAACCAACAUCCCUCCAGAUAUUGUUAAACUUGACUUAUCAUACAAUAAAAUCAACCAACUUCGACCCAAGGAAUUUGAAGAUGUUCAUGAGCUUAAGAAAUUGAACCUCAGCAGUAACACCAUUGAAUUCAUAGACCCUGCUGCCUUUUUAGGGCUCACACAUUUAGAAGAGCUGGAUUUAUCAAAUAACAGGCUGCAAAACUUUGACUAUGGAGUAUUAGAAGACUUGUAUUUUUUGAAACUCUUAUGGCUUAGAGAUAAUCCUUGGAGAUGUGACUACAACAUCCACUACCUCUACUAUUGGUUAAUACACCACUACAAUGUCCAUUAUAAUGGCCUGGAAUGCAAAACACCAGAAGAAUACAAAGGAUGGUCUGUGGGAAAAUAUGUCCGGAGUUACUAUGAAGAAUGCCCCAAAGACAAGUUACCAGCAUACCCUGAGACAUUUGACCAGGAUACAGAAGAUGACGAAUGGGAAAAAAUACACAAGGAUCAUACAACAAAGAAACAAGGUGUAAGAAUCACUAUAGUGGGAUAACUUAGAAUUGCUCUGGCUGUAAAUAGUCUCCUAUUUGCUAUACUGGUGUGAGAAAAACCAUAUGUUUACAUUUUGAUUAACUGUGUUACCUAUUUAUGUAGCGUUAUCAGGUAUAUAAAGGUUUCCUUUUUUAUCUCAUAAUUGUUAUUACAUUAUGACAAGUAUAGUAAUCAAGAGAAUACUGUCACCCUGCAUGUCUGUCCAUUGGUGGAGCAGCCUCUGCUGAUACACGAUUCCAUGCUGGUAACCUGCAGGAGUUGGGUCCUAGUAAUGGCAUUAGAAUUUCAUAAUGUCCUGUAUAAUUGUUUUUACUGCUUUUGGGGGGUGGGGAAACUUGGUUUGUUUUAACAUGCCUUUUAAUAGCUGUCUGUCAAUAUCUAAAGAUGAUCAAAAUGAAAAGAUACAAAUGCUUAAUCAUAAUAAAAUGUUAUUCCCUCCUCCAUGCACCCCCUUUUUUUCAGAAAAUCAAUGUAAACAUGAAACAAAUUCUCAUUUCUACUCCUGUACAUUCCAAAAUAAGGUCCUGGUAAACUCAAAUUCUCAACCA